UCAAGCGCAAGCAGGCACGUCGCGGCUGCCCUUAACCGUGCGUGAUCAGGCUCGGAACGUUCGCAACAAGCAUCCAGCAUCUGCCAGCCGGGGCCAGGGCCGGCACAAUUGGCUUGCGUGGCAGGAUGUGGUGUAUCGGUUUGCUCCCCUCGUUCGUGUUCGUUCCGUCGUUCGACGCAGCUGCAAGGCCGGCCGAUUGCGGACCUGCGGCACGUAUCACGGGAGCAAAGUGUUGAACGAUCCACCAGCCCGCCCUUGCCAAAGGGGGAUGCAAACGAGAAAAGUGGCCCAGGUACCGAGGUUCAGUAUUGUUCCAGCUUUUGCCCGUGCCACGAGUCCGGCAGUGGAAGCCAACACAGUGUGUCGCGUCGUGCACAAGUGUUCCACUGAGUCUGUGUGUGUAUGUGUUUGAGUGAGACUUUUUUUCGUUCAUCCCUAUCGUGCGCCCGUUGUGCAGUUUGUGUUCCAUAUCUCUGUCUCUGUGCGUUUGAGUUUUUGUUUUUGUGCUUUGCAAACAAGUGUUAGCCCGACGAACAUCAUGUCGUUUUAUGCGCUUGUGCACGCUGAAGGAGAGCCAAGCUCGUUCGACCAGAAGGAGGAAGCGCUGGCCGCCCUGCGCGAAUCCCAGGAGGGGCAGCUUCUACCGUUCCAGGACAAACCAUCGCUGGACAACUUUCUGGCCAAUCCGACGGACGGGUGCGAGGCGUGCCGCGGGCUGCCGGGCAACGCGACCCAACCAGUCAUCACGUACGAUACGCCGUCGCCAUCGCUGCAGCAACGGUUCACCAAGGCGGUUAGGAUGGGUGACUUGGGACAGGUGAGCAGCCUGGUCCGCCAGGUGCCCGGGCUGCUGAUCGACAGCACGGCCCAUCCGCGCCGGUUCGCUGCCGAGCGGCUGAACGCGCUGCACAUUGCCGCCCGGUUCGGUGCGAACCAGGUUGGCGAGUUCAUCCUCGCGAUGGUCGCGUCCGGCGCGAUCGCCAAGGUGUACGCGGGCCGACGGGGCACCGUCCCGGACGCGGCCGUGCUGACCGUCCAGCUGCUCGACGACUAUCUGAACGGGGUGGAGAUGGACGCGGCCGAGACGCCGCUCCACCUCGCGGCCAAGUACGGCUGGAAGCCGAUGGUGCGCAUCCUGGUGGCCUACCCGCAGUGCGAGAUGAAGCGCAACAGCAGCGGCCAGUUCCCGCAGGACCUGGUGUGCGAGAGUGCCACCCCGGAGCGCAACACGCACGAGUGCCGGCGGGCCAUCGACAAGCUGCUGCGUGACUCGUACUUCGUGCCGCUGAUACGCACCGAGUCCAACGUCGAGCUGCCGUACAUUGGCGAGCCGUUCGCGCGCCGCCACCUACCCGACCUGGGCAACGCGGGCACGAUCCGGAAGUUGCGGUUCCUGCGCAUCAUCACCGCGUUCGCCGGGCCGAUGACGUUGAGCGAGGCGCAAGCCUUCCGGCGGGAGUGGAAGACGCCGCCCCGCGUGCUCGUGCAUGCGGAUGCGCGGCCCGGCGCACCGACCAGCAGCUACCAGUACCGGUGCGAGCUGACCGGCCGGCUGUACGAUCGGGCCCACCGUCACCAGGCGGCCGGGAUCGGCGAGCGUGUAUUUCGCCGAGCGCACGUCGACUGCGCGCUGGAGCGCAUCGGCCGUUCGCUCGCCCGUACCAAGGGCGUCGAGUGGAAGGAGUACUGGACGUUCCUGGGCGCCUACCAAAACCUGAGCGACAUCCAGGCACUGGCGAUCUUCGAGCAAUAUCUCGAACGGCAGGUGGCGGUGGCGCGCGCCUGCCCGGACCACGAUCCGGUCGCGAUCGGCGGCAAGCAGACGCAUCCGCAGAACCUGUGGGCGCUCUGCGCACUGCGCAACGUGUCGUACGAUGAGAGCACCUACCGGUUGGUGAGCCGCUGGCAGCGCAAGAUGCACAUCCUCUAUGCGGCGCUGCUGGACCAGGACGGGGCCGAUGCGAAAUCGCCCAACCCGAUCGCGAACGUGGGCCGCAUCUCGUCCUAGGCGGUUGAGCCUGUUUUGAACUAUUAUCGAAUUUGCUGCAGCUGUGCAGCGCUUUUGGAAGAUUUAUUUGUUCUUUAUAUUAUGUUUUACAUUACUUCCUUCAUUCAUAUCGAUAAAUUGAGCGUUAUAUUCUAUAAAGCCAAGGGAAAGAUUGAAAUGCAAUCAAAGCACAGUGAAUGAAGGCAGUAGAGCACAGUGGCUUACCUUUAUACGCACAACAUACUUGCGGAACAAAGUUUAUGAAUGUUUUGAAAAUCUUAAAUCGUUUAUUUCUUUAACAUAUAAAUUAUUUUCUGAUAUUUUUUUCUGAUAAUUUACUUAAUAAAAAGAUGAAAAAAAAAACAAAAAAAAAAUAGAGAUGUAAACAAUGCACAAACUAUUUACUGCACACGGAACGCUAGUGGUUGCUAAGCGAGCAAUCGAAUAAAAACAUAGCAUCUAAUAUCGCACCUCAUACUUUGCUUGUUUCAAUAAAGCAUACACACAGCGA